AUGUGCCCAAUUUCCCUGCCAUCGGCAGCUCCCAUUCCGCUCCUUCAGCGACCUGCCUCGUCACUCCCAUCCGCUCUUGCCAGACAUCGAAAAUUCACCAAACACGCUGCUGGGACCCCUAUAAAAUCUCCCAAGCCGCACCGUCGAUCGAUGCAACGAGAAUCCAAUGACAGGCAUGGUGCCAUUCAACCUUACCGCAGCCAACACACUAGAGCGCUGCCAAUGGAACUGUUCGUUAUUGCAGCUGCAGCUUUGGACGAUGACACCACACUUGAGGUCGACUUGCUUGAAGAAGAAGGGCCGACAAUCAGCAGUACUCAAUCCCUCUUCGCAAUCACAAACGAGCUCAUCCCAAUUCUCGUCGCUGUCUCAAUCGUCGUCUCGCUCACAGUCUGUAUCGAGGUCGAGCUCAUCAGGCUCAAAUUCGCAGUCUCAUGUCUCAUCCACCACCUAUUCUUCUGUCUCAAGAUCAGUGUCGCAACCCCCAUCUUCAUCUUCUAUUUCUACCACCCACUCAUCGUUGCUGUCAUCAAGUCCUCAAUCAUCACAGCAAGCAAGCUCCUCACUGCCGACCUCAUCAUACACGUCCAUAGCAGCCAGCCCCAGCAUUUUUCUACCAACAUCUGUGCCAUGGCCCGCAUCGAGCUCUUCUUGGCGGGUUCGACCGAUACUGGGUUUGCACACAACAUUGGUGGAAUAAUAGGCGUUGCCAUAGGUGGUCUCAUAGCCGUCAUUCUCGGUGUCUUAAUUGUCUUCGCGGCAUGUGGCCGAUAUCGCAAGCGCCGAACACAGCCCAUCCCCUCGCCUCAAAUGUACCAGAGGAGAGUUGGAGGCUGGCGAGCCCCGCUGGCCGGAGAGGAAGAUUCUGUCAACGAAGCUGAAAAUUCGAGCGACUCUGUCGGGCACACCUCUUCCUCCGGUCACAUGGCAUUUUCUUAUGCAGGAGCGGCACUUGCGUCCAAUACGGAGCCCGGAUUCUGGUAUGGUGGUGGAGGAUCCUCUUCCCAAGGACAUUCUUCUCAAUCGCAUCCGCACACAGAAGGGUUCUCGUCGACUCAAUCCCAUGGACCUUUGCUACCGGCAUCAACAUCCUCGAACAUUGGUCAUUCGUCAACAGGGCAUACGAGUAGUUCAUCAUCAUCAUCUCGACCAGCUUUGGCUUCCCCUCCCCCAAGCUUCAGUGCUAGCCACAGCAACAAGCUUUUUGGACGACUGCGUGGCCCGAAGGGGUCACCUGCGCUAGUUGAUGUUCCGCCACUUCCAUCACAAACUAUUCCUUUACCCCCAUCUCCACGUUUCGUUCCCCCAGCUGCCUAUGACCCUCUCGCUGUACCUGCUCGAAGCUCUCUUCUGAAUCCUCCUCUGCCUGUAAUUGACCUCACCCCUCCGGCAACUGUACCACCAAAUUGGCAGUCAGGAUGGCAUUCUGCGGCCUCUUCAAGGCCACUUGCUUCGCGUACUCUCACUGAUGAUUCUGAAAUGGCCACCGCAGCACCGGAGGGAUUAUUAAGGCCCGGAUUAUUACUUCCAACGCAAUCGACAGGAACUUUGAGGGACCACGUGGAUUACUCGAGACCACUUGCACUUCACCGACCUGGUUUCGGGGUUCGAAUGGACACUUCCAACACGUACGCAUCAACCAUAAGCGUCGACGGUCACGAAGACGACAAAGAAAGCAUUGGCAUCGCAACUUAA